AUGGGCCGCAGCCCAGUCAAACCCAAUGUGAAUGAUCCAGAGCAGAAUGUACAAGAGUUGGUAUACGAUCUCCGCUCCCAGUGUGACGCCAUCCGUGUGACUAAGACAGUGCGGCCCUACCGAGUGGUGAUCUGUCCUGUCAAUGAGAACAGUGCUGCCCUGGUUGUCAGUGAUGGAAGGGUAAUGCUGUGGGAGCUCAAAGCUCAUGCCAGUACACCUUCAUCCAGCCUGAGUUCUGGCUUGCCUCCUUUGUAUUCUCCUGUGAAUUUCUGUGGGACACCUUUACAUCAGAAUCAAAAAUGCAUCCCGGAUCUUUCUUUGAAUACAAUGAUAGGUCACAGUCUGAUUUCUGGAGUGGACUCCCCACGACCUCUGGCCGGUCAACAGGAAGUACAUCUGAAGUUCAUGUUGACAGGCCUGCUGUCUGGCCUGCCCUUGCCCCCAUUCUCCCUACGGAUGUGCCCUCCACUUACCACCAAGAACAUCAACCACUACCAGCCCUUAUUGGCUGUGGGUACAAGCAAUGGCUCUGUGCUGGUGUACAACUUGACCAGUGGCCUCCUGCACAAAGAGCUAAGUGUCCAUUCCUGUGAAGUCAGUAUCUGGUCUAACCCCCUUUUGCAACAAUAA